AUGGACCAUAACAAGAAGAGGAAGAGGCUUACCAAGGCCUGCGAUAAUUGCCAUAAAAACAAACGCCGCUGCGAUGGGUUCCUCCCGUGUUCAAAUUGCGACUUCUCAGGUAAACAAUGCUCUUAUUCAGAUAACAAUGGCCACUCUAUCCCGCCGCCCAAGUCCAGAUCAGAGAAAGAGCACGAGUCUCACCUCAAGAUAAAAACUGAGUACAACCUUUUCUCGAGUGAUCUGCACGGCGAGAACAGCAAGGCUGUACUCAAUGAUCCUCUCCUUAAGAAAGAGCUCGUCCUGCUCUUCCUCGAUCACAUGUACCCAUUCAACCUCAUCUUCCACAAGCCAAGCCUCCUCUAUGCCCUCGAGAAGGACAGACUAACCCCGAUGCUCCUCAACUCCAUCUUCGCCCUCUCUGCCAGGCUCAGCCCCCACCCCCGCUUCCAGCACAUCGAACCUUGGAAGACCGGCGUCGACUUUGCUGCCAUUGCCCGGCGUAUUCUCUUCGAUCCCGAUGAUUUGGGCGCUUGUGCCCUCGACGACAGCAAGCUGGAGGUUGUCCAAACAUCUUUACUUCUCGCUGCCCACGAUUUCGGCAUUGGUCUGUUUAACAGGGCAUACACUUAUCUAGGCAUCGCCAUCUCCCAGCUUAAAAUAUUGGGUCUUAAUCACGACGAUUUCGUCACCCCCGCCCCAGAAAAUACCCGCGAGAAGUGGAUCUCCAGGGAGGAACGCAGACGGACAGGCUGGUGCGUCAUUAUGUUAGACUCCGUCGCUGCCGCUAUCAACGGCCGCGCCAAGCCAUUCGAAGAGCAUGAUUUGAAGAUGUUCCUGCCCUCUGACGAUGUGGCAUUUGAGUUGGCAGUGGGCAAUGUCGGCAACAGAGAAUUCAUAAACACCCCUCCGUCAACAGACAACGCGACCACCGAAUUCGGCUAUCUGAUCAGGAUAGUGAAUGUGUUUUCCAAUGUAAUGGGAUACAUAUACUUUCACGAAAAGGAGCGUAUGGCAAAUGCGUCGCAGAGGAGCACAAACACAACCACUCAAUCACCCUACUCAAGUCAUUCAUGCAAGCAGGAUCUAGCACAGUGGUCGCAGUCACUACCCCCGCAUCUCGAACUAAGCAGUAUCAACCUGAACCUGGCCAUGAUGUCGAUGCAAGCUGGUGCAAAUUCGUCUGGCUGGUGCUACGCACUGAUGCAUGCCUUCGCAGAGUGCAGCGUCUUUUACUUGCACUCGACAGUCGAGCAGGGAGCAAGUGAAGAGAGCAUGCGAACCAGCGCCGACAGACAGAAUCAGAGUGUCGGGAACAUGCGCGCGGUAAUAGACGCACUGGGAAGAAGCGGACGCAAGAGUCCACUGCUCAUCUACUUUGUCUAUGUCGUAUCGAAAUGGCAGUUGCAUGUACAGGGUGCACUCGACGCUGUUGUCGCUGAUAUUUGGGAUGAAGAGCUGGCCGAGUUGUGGAGAAUGGACAAGACACUGCUCACUGGCGAUGGCAAUUCACCCCCUGUGCUUGAAGAAGAGGGCAGCGAGAAUGAGAAUGAGAGUGAGAGUGAUAAGGCACAUGACACUCAUAGCACUCACGCUCACACUAACACCCACACUAACACCAUGGAAACUAUCGCUAAACUCCUCGAAAACGCUAACCAACCCGCAGCCACACUCAACACCAGCGUCAAUCCAGUGGAUCUUAACCUUCUACCCUCUCGUAACCUCCUCUUGUCACCGUCUUUACCGGAUUUAUUCGCACCUUCAACCACCACAAGCACUCCGAGCGAUCAGCAGCAGCAGCACACGCAAGAAAACGCGGUAUUUGGUUUAGGAUUGAGCUAG